AUUACAUGCCAUUCUCCAUUGGAUGGGAGUUCAGCAGUGUGUUUAAGACUAGGGUCAUGCCCACAUCAAUCUCAGAUUCCCAUUUUAUCUUUUUUUUUUGAUAUCACUAUUAGUAUCAAGUCUUGUUUCUGUCAAUAUCCUGUCCAGAAAAGAAAAACACACCAAGGAAAAUUAAUAUAGGGAAAUUUUUAAAAGUUAUUAGAGGACUGAAAAGAUGGAACACUGAAAGACACAGAGUUUUUAUUUUCAGCACUGCAACUCUGAUGGUCCAGCUCCACCAGGACACAGAUCCCCAGAUCCCUAAAGGUCAGCCAUGCACCCUGAACAGCUCAGAGGGAGGAGCCAGACCAGCAGUGCCUCACACCUUGUCCUUUUCUGCUCUAGACAGAUGGCUCCAUAAUGACAGCUUCAUAAUGGCAGUGGGUGAGCCCCUGGUGCACAUCAGGGUCGCUCUUCUGCUGCUCUGGUUUGGGGUGUUUUUGUCUGUUUUUGGCCACUCUCAGGCCAGGCCCUCCCAGCGUUUCACUUCUCCAGAAGUGGUGAUCCCUUUGAAGGUGAUCAGCAGGGGCAGAGGUGCAAAGGCUCCUGGAUGGCUCUCCUAUAGCCUGCGGUUUGGGGGACAGAGAUACAUUGUCCACAUGAGGGUAAAGAAGCUGUUGUUUGCCGCACAUCUCCCUGUGUUCACCUACACGGAGCAGCAUGCCCUGCUCCAGGAUCAGCCCUUCAUCCAGGAUGACUGCUACUACCAUGGUUAUGUGGAGGAGGUCCCUGAGUCCUUGGUUGCACUUAGUACCUGUUCUGGGGGCUUUCUUGGAAUGCUACAGAUAAAUGACCUUGUUUAUGAAAUCAAGCCAAUUACUGUUUCUGCCACAUUUGAACACCUAGUACAUAAGAUAGACAGUGAUGAUACACAGUUUCCACCUAUGAGAUGUGGGUUAACAGAAGAGAAAAUAACACGCCAGUUGGAGUUGCAAUUGUCAUAUAAUUUCACUCUGAAGCAAAGUUCUUUUGUGGGCUGGUGGACCCAUCGGCGGUUUGUUGAGCUGGUGGUGGUCGUGGAUAAUGUUAGAUAUCAUUUCUCUCAAAGUAAUGCAUCAACAGUGCAGCAUGAAGUAUUUAACGUUGUCAAUAUGGUGGAUUCCUUCUAUCAUCCUUUGGAGGUUGAUGUAAUUUUGACUGGAAUUGAUAUAUGGACUGCAUCAAAUCCGCUUCCUACCAAUGGAGACUUAGAUAAUGUUUUAGAGGAAUUUUCUGUUUGGAAGAAUUAUAACCUUAAUAAUCGAUUACAACAUGAUGUUGCACAUCUUUUCAUAAAAGACACACAAGGCAAGACACUUGGUGUUGCCUAUGUUAAAGGAAUAUGCCAGAAUCCUUUUAAUAGUGGAGUUAAUGUUUUUGAAGAUGACAGGUUGGUCAUUUUUGCAGUUACUUUGGGCCAUGAGCUUGGUCAUAAUUUGGGUAUGCAACAUGACACCCAGUGGUGUGUGUGUGAGCUACGGUGGUGCAUAAUGCAUGCCUAUAGAAAGUUGACAACUAAAUUUAGCAACUGCAGUUAUGCCCAAUAUUGGGACAAUACUAUCAGUAGUGGAUUAUGUAUUCAACCUCCUCCAUAUCCAGGGAAUAUAUUUAGACUGAAGUACUGUGGGAAUCUAGUUGUUGAAGAAGGGGAGGAAUGUGACUGUGGAACCAUACAGCAGUGUGCAAAAGAUCCCUGUUGUCUGUUAAACUGUACUCUACGUCCUGGGGCUGCUUGUGCUUUUGGAAUGUGUUGCAAAGACUGCAAAUUUCUGCCAUCGGGAACUUUAUGUAGACAAAAAGUUGGUGAAUGUGACCUUCCAGAGUGGUGCAAUGGGACAUCCCAUCAAUGCCCAGAUGAUGUGUAUGUGCAGGACGGGAUCUCCUGUAAUGUGAAUGCCUUCUGCUAUGAAAAGGCAUGUAAUAACCAUGAUACACAGUGUAAAGAGAUUUUUGGCCAAGAUGCAAGGAGUGCAUCUCAGAGUUGCUACGAAGAAAUCAACACCCAAGGAAACCGUUUUGGUCACUGUGGUAUUGUAGGUACAACAUAUGUAAAAUGUUGGUCCCCUGAUAUCCUGUGUGGGAGGGUUCAAUGUGAAAAUGUAAGAGUAAUUCCCAAUCUGCUAGAGCAUUCCACAGUGCAGCAGUUUCACCUCAAUGACACCACUUGCUGGGGCACUGAUUAUCACUUAGGGAUGGCUAUACCUGAUAUUGGUGAGGUGAAAGAUGGCACAGUAUGUGGUCCAGAAAAGAUCUGCAUCCGUAAGAAGUGUGCCAGUAUGGUUCGUCUGUCACAAGUCUGUCAGCCUAAGACCUGCAACAUGAGGGGAGUCUGCAACAACAAACAACACUGUCACUGCAACCGUGAAUGGGCACCCCCCUACUGCAAGGACAAAGGUUAUGGAGGUAGUGCUGAUAGUGGCCCACCUCCUAAGAACAACGUGGGAGGAUUAAAUGUGAUGGGAAAGUUGGGUUACCUGUCACUAUUGUGCCUUCUUCCUUUGGUUGCUUUUUUAUUUUGCUUACGUGUGCUUUUAAAGAGACGCACAAAAAGUAAAGAAGAUGAAGAAGGAUAAGAGAAAUGGGAAAAAGGAGACUAAGCUUCAUUCUUCAUUUUUAAUAUCCGAUUUUUCUUAAUAGAAAAAUGAAUGCAUGUCUCACUGUUUAAAUAAAACUCUAUGGACAUUUCAUGUCAGGAUCACAAGCAUUAGCUGUCACAGCAAAGGAUUCCUAGCAUAUUCUUACUCUACAGUGUCUUAAGCAAUAUUAAAGGUUCCUUUUCCCA